AUUACUGUUAUCUCUAUGCUCCGGCUUAGCUCAACCUCAAUCUCUUUGAACGUCAACUGCAAUAUGAACUUUUUGAAACGGGCCCUCAGGCUAGUAAUUCCUGAAGAAUCCCUUGGAAUUAAAAAAACACCAAUAACAGAAAAAUUAUCAGAUUUGGCACAAUCAAAAAUGAGUUCUAGGAAAAUGAACUACCCUUCGGCUGAUAGAAAUAAAAUACAUAUUUUAGAGAUAUUAAAAAAGCAUUUAAAAACUGAUGGUCAAGGUAAAGUAUUAGAACUAGCAUCAGGCACUGGACAGCACUGUUCAUACUUUGGAACACAUUUCCCUAAUUUAGAAUUCCAACCCUCAGAUAUAGAAUCCUCUCUUUUUGACAGCAUAACAGCGUACGCCGAUGAUACUCCUACCAAAAAUAUAAGACACCCUGUCAAACUAGAUGUGUCAGCAAGCAACAUAGAAGAUUGGAAUUUGAAUGAAAUUUUCGAUUAUAUUAUUUGUGUUAAUUUGAUUCAUGUGAGUCCUAUAGAAUGCUCUAUAGGCUUAUUUCGAAAUGGUUCGAAAAUAAUGAAACCUGGUGGUUUAAUAAUAACAUAUGGGGCUUACGCUUAUAAAGGUGUUAUAGAACCCCAAUCAAAUAUUGAUUUCGAUAGGAGUAUAAGAAGUCAACAACCAAAUUGGGGUUUAAGAGAUAUUAUAGACCUGGAAAAAAUUGCACAGGAGUAUGGAAUUGUGCUAAAACAUAAAUACGACAUGCCAUCCAAUAACAAAUGUUUGGUAUGGGAGAAACAAAAUUAAACAGAGCUGAUGCUUGUGAAAAAUAAACUAAAAUGGGA